AUGUUCUUUUUGUUUUUUUUUCUUCAGAAUUUGAAUGACCAUUUUACACCCAAUUUAAGGCAGCUUUCACUCAGUGCACGGAAUUAUUACAAGGCAUUAGUGGGUGCAUCUUCUGCAGCAAAGACGUAUAAAGAAGCACUAGAAAAAUUAGGCCAUGAUGCUCGAACAAAUUGCCGAGGCACCACACAAGAAAUUGGUGAGGCAAUAUAUCAAAUAUCUGAAGUUUAUAAAGAGAUUCAAGCUCAAAUUGAAGAACAGAUGAAAACUGAAACAGAUUUCAAAAAUACUGUGUCUUCUUACAAAAGAUACAGUCAAGAACAUAAAGCAAUUGCUGUCCCAUUUGAAAAAGCUCAAGUGACACUCAACAAGAUUCAAAAGAAAAACAAAUCUCGACUGACACACAGUGAAAAAGAAGUGAAGUAUGCCCAAACAGUGAGUCGAGCUCAGAUGAGGCUACAUGAUCACCGAAUGGCUGGUUUACAAAAGGCUAUGUUGGAUGAAUGGAAGUCCUAUUGUUUCUUACUGGAAUGUUUAUGCUCUGGAAUUACAUUGAUCAAUCAACACAGUAACAAGACACAUGGCAUGAUAGAAGAACACAUUGAUGUAUGGAAGCAACUUUGUUCAUCAUCUGAUAUGCUACCAGGUUCCUCUUCUCAAAUGUUUCAUGUUGUUGCUACUGGAGCUGAUCUUUUAAAUUACACAGAUACAAUUGGAAAUGGGCAUCUAAGACCAGGGUCCACUUACAUGAUGCCAAAUAAACACUACUCAAGUUAUUCAAAGUCACUCCCUGAUCAGAUGCAGCUACGUUAUACCAGACAUUCAGAAGCAUCUCCGUCCUCCUAUCGUAUGAGUUCACCUAUGAGAAGUACAAGUGCCAAUGUGCAAGCCAUCUACCCACAUUCUGCAAAGAGUGAAACUCAAAUGAGCUUCCAGGAAGGAGAUGUAAUUGUGUUGAUUGGAGAGAAAUCUGAUGGAUGGCACUAUGGAUACAACACCAAUGACAGAAGAUAUGGUUGGUUUCCAUUGUCCUUCACAGCUCCUAUUGAAUCAGGUUUACGAAACAUUCCUACAUCUCAACCUCUUGGCCAGAAAGUCAAAAGUCUAGGGGAUUUGCUUGAUGCUCAAGAUGGACAACAAUGGUCAAGUGACUCUGGACCAAGACGUUCUUCUCUUGCAGAUGGUAAUCCAUCUUCUACAUCAAAGGUUUCUGAACACCCAAACAGCCCAAUACAACAGAAUGCAGGAUCCAUGUAUGCCUCAGCUGCCUCUUUCUUUGUCCCUCCCACUCAACUUGCAAUGACCUUUUCAUCUAACAUCCCUCCAGGUCCGCCUAUGGUCACUUCGGAAGAUAAUCAUAACAACAUUUCAGCCUAUUCAACAGCAAAUGUUGCUGUAUACAGUACAUCUUCUCAUGUUGCAUCUAACAAUUUCAAUUCAGCUUCUGCAUCCUCUCCCACUUAUAAAGCCAGGAUCUCUUCAUCUCCUCCUCUUCCACCUCCUCCUUUAAACUUCCCCCCACCAGCAGCAGACUAUGCAGAUUCUGAGGACAUCAGUCAUCAAGUAAAAAGAUUGACAACUUCAGAGAGAAUGAAUCAAAUGUAG